AUGGAAACAAUAACAAUCCCUUCUCCAUCAGUCUUCUUGAGCUCGCCCGUUAUCAAGCCCGCGCCCGCACCCGCACCCGCACCGCAGCCGUCACCCCCUCCCCCUCCUUCAAACCGGAAGAAUACAACCACCCCGAAGUCUGCGAACGCUCCCAAGGCGCAGAAUGGGAUAGCAAAGCCCAAGCAAUCCAAGAGUCGCAAUGGUUGUAUAACCUGCAAAGCAAAACGUUUAAAAUGCGACGAGACGAAACCAACAUGUCAGCAAUGUCACAAGAGGAGUGUUACGUGCGGCGGAUACAAGAAGAAUUUCAAAUGGAGACCAUUCGAGGAGGCUACAUUCAUAAACAAACCGGCGGCGCCAAGGACACGACGAAAUUCAACUGCUGUGAACAAACCUCCAGAUCCUACACCCGCCGCAAGUCCUUCCGCUUCCCAUGCUACUCCCUCGACACCCGGCGCAGAGGCCGAAGAUGUGCCCAUGCAAGACCCAUUCUUCCAUUCUGCCAAUGCGUCCCCUCCAACGACCUUCUCCAACCAUAUACCUGAUAUUCAAUUCGAUCAUCAGCCUAUGUUUGAUAUGGAUACACCACCCUACCCGCGGGAAUUGCCCAGGCCGCGUUUCGAUCCAGAUCAUGUCACAAGUAGUUUGAGUAGCUUAUUUGAAGAUUCUACUCCACCAAAUCUAUCGCCAGGACCCAGCUUCCCCGGACAGUCACCGCGGCUGAUAGAUCUUUUGCUGCCUGGGUCAGAACUCAACGCCCCAGCCGCGCCCGCGACAAUACCUCCGAUCAGCAUGCCUUUGCCGGCCAUGAGCCUAUCAUCAAUGACCGAGCCGCAAUUCCCCACUUUGGGGGAGAUGCCGCAGAACUCUAUGUUGGAGGAGGACAUUGAAGAGAUCAUCCGAGAAUCACCAACAUCGAAUACACAAAUGUGGAUGUCGUUGCGGGGCCCUGUAGAUAUAUCAGGAUCCCAAUUCUCGAUGGAGACAAGAGGUAAUUCUGCCCAGUACAAACUUUACCGACAACCAGAAGUUCUAGCAGGGAGUCCUGAAAUGUUAAUCCUUCGGUUCGACAAGCAGACGUGUGGUAUUCUGUCGGUAAAGGAUGGGCCUACGGAGAACCCUUGGAGGACUUUGAUCUGGCCCCUUGCACGCGAUUCUCCUGCGCUCUAUCAUGCAAUAGCAUCAAUGACCGCAUUCCAUACCUCUAAAGAGAAACCGGCCCUUCGAGUCGACGGAAUGGAGCAUAUGCGCUGCAGCAUUCGAGCACUCGCAACUGGUCUCGAGAAGAUGCGUCCUGAUACAGCGCUAGCAACUACUCUCGUGCUGGCUUUCUCAGAAUCUUGGGAUCAGCACAUCAGUACCGGCAUCGAACAUCUCCGUGGAGCUCGAGUCCUUGUCAAUCGAGCUCUGGUCUCCCAUAAAAAGCAGAACUACACAGGCGAUGAUCUAGCGAGGUUAAAAUUCCUCUGUAAUACGCUGGUAUACAUGGACGUCAUCGCACGCCUCACUUCCAUAGAGGAAGACGACAGUGACAAUUUCGACCAUGACAGCGUCAUAUUCUACAACACACCCUCGCCAUUUCCGCAAAGCAGCACCGAAAUCGAUCCUUUAAUGGGCUGUGCAAGCACACUCUUCCCUCUCAUCGGCCGGGCUGCCAAUCUAUGCCGUAGAGUUCGGAAAAUGGAAACAAACUCAAUAGCUAUAAUUUCUCAAGCUAUGGAGCUAAAGGAAGCCAUCGAGCAAUGGACACCACCCCCCGGAGCCGCCUUUGAAAGACCCGAAGACCCGACGUCGGAAAUCCAACACGCUCUCCAAACGGCCGAGUCUUAUCGCUAUGCCACUCUGCUGCAUCUUCAUCAAGCCGUGCCAGAAAUCCCAUCUCUUACCUCGGCACAACUGGCGAAGAAAGUCCUCGUGUAUCUUGCCACCGUACCGCUGUCUAGUCGAUUAGUAAUCGUCCAAAUCUACCCACUGCUGGCAGCGGGGUGUGAGGCUUGGGACAGUGAGGAUCGGCAAUGGGUCGACGAGCGCUGGCAGAGCAUGGCGUCGCGGAUGUGGAUUGGAAACAUCGAUCGUUGCUGGGAAGUAAUGCAGGAAGUAUGGACCCGACGCGACAACGCAGAGAAGGCGAAAGCUGAGAAGGAGAGCCUGAGGCGGCCGCGGCAUAGGGCGAGCAUAGUGCAUUCCGAGGAUAGCAGGAAGAAGUUUGAAGAAGAGCUUGCUUUGGAAGAGGGGUUCAGUUUCUCGGAUAUGUUGAAUGAGAACGGGAUGUCAACUAAGAGGGAUCGACCGAGUUUCUCAGGGGGCUUCUCGGCGCAGGGCAAGAGGAGACAGGAACCGAUCACAGAGGAGAUGGAUCCCAAGCUCACGGUUAGAGGACAAUUGCAUUGGGCUGGUGUUAUGAAGGAUUGGAAUUGGGAAAGUAAGUUGCAUCACCCUUGCGCGCCCUCUGUCUGCCCCUUUCUGGAUAUAAUCUAUCGUCCCCUGCUCUCCGUGUGUUCAUCCCACACCCAAUCCAUCUCUGUCCCUUCUAUAACCUGCAAAAGAAACAAAGAAACAAGUAAGAAAUAA